CCUGAAGCAGACCCGGGGAGUCCCCUCCCCUCCCCAGCUCGGGGGUCUCCGGGCCCCAUGAGCCGGGGCGCGGGCGCGCUUCAGCGCCGGACAACGACCUACCUCAUCUCGCUGACCCUGGUCAAGCUCGAGUCGGUACCUCCGCCACCGCCUUCUCCAUCUGCAGCCGCAGCCAGCGCCCCCGGGGCCAGAGGCUCCGAGCCCCGAGAUCCUGGCAGCCCCCGAGGCGCGGAGGAACCCGGCAAGAAGCGGCACGAGCGUCUUUUCCACCGGCAGGAUGCGCUGUGGAUCAGUACCAGCAGCGCGGGCGCCGGGGGCGCGGAGCCCCCCGCGCUGUCCCCAGCUCCGGCCAGUCCGGCUCGCCCGGUCUCCCCGGCUCCGGGCCGCCGACUGUCCCUGUGGGCCGCCCCUCCGGGACCCCCGCUUUCCGGGGGGCUGAGCCCGGACUCCAAGCCGGGGGGCGCCCCCUCUUCCUCCCGGCGCCCUCUACUCAGCAGCCCGAGCUGGGGGGGUCCGGAACCCGAAGGCCGGACGGGUGGCGGAGUCCCAGGCUCGUCCUCCCCGCAUCCUGGCACCGGUAGCCGAAGGCUCAAGGUGGCGCCUCCGCCACCAGCUCCCAAGCCUUUCAAGACCGUGACCACUAGUGGAGCCAAAGCCGGCGGGGGCAAGGGCGCGGGUAGCCGCCUGUCAUGGCCCGAAAGCGAGGGCAAACCCAGGGUCAAGGGGUCAAAGAGCACCGCCGGGACUGGAGCUUCUGCCGUUGUGGCCGGCGGGGGAGGGGGCGCUGCAGUCACGACCUCUGGUGGGGUCGGGGCUGGGGCUGGAGCGAGAGGGAAGUUGUCCCCUCGGAAAGGCAAGAGUAAGACCUUGGACAAUAGUGACUUGCACCCAGGACCCAGUGCCGGCUCUCCUCCGCUCACCGUACCAGCAAUCCCAGUUCCAGCCACUUCUGUCACUGCCGCCUCCACGCAGCCCCUCGGGCCUGCACCCCCAAUCACUCUGGAGCCACCAGCUCCAGGGCUGAAAAGGGGCCGGGAGGGCGGCCGAGCGUCCACUCGUGACCGCAAGAUGCUCAAGUUUAUCAGCGGUAUCUUCACCAAGAGCACAGGAGGGCCUCCCGGCCCCGGGACCCUUCCCGGACCCCAAGGCUUAUCUUGCAGCGGGUCCAGGGAGCUGCUGGGCGCAGAGCUUCGCGCUUCCCCUAAAGCUGUGGUCAAUAGCCAGGAAUGGACUUUGAGCCGAUCAAUUCCCGAACUGCGCCUGGGUGUGCUAGGUGAUGCCAGAAGUGGGAAGUCCUCCCUCAUCCACAGAUUCCUCACAGGUUCAUACCAGGUGCUGGAGAAGACUGAGAGGGAGCAGUACAAGAAGGAGAUGCUAGUGGACGGGCAGACCCAUCUGGUGCUGAUCCGAGAGGAAGCAGGGGCACCCGAUGCCAAGUUCUCAGGCUGGGCAGAUGCCGUCAUCUUCGUCUUCAGCCUGGAGGAUGAGAGCAGCUUCCAGGCCGUGAGCCGUCUCCAUGGGCAGCUGAGCUCCCUCCGGGGGGAAGGUCGAGGAGGCCUGGCCCUGGCUCUGGUUGGGACCCAAGACAGAAUCAGUGCAUCAUCUCCUCGGGUGGUGGGUGAUGCUCGAGCCAGGGCUCUGUGCACAGACAUGAAGCGUUGCAGCUACUACGAGACCUGUGCCACCUAUGGGCUCAAUGUGGACCGGGUCUUCCAGGAGGUGGCCCAGAAGGUGGUGACCUUACGCAAACAGCAGCAACUCCUGGCUGCCUGCAAGUCCCUGCCCAGCUCACCAAGCCAUUCUGCUGCAUCUACUCCUGUAGCCGGGCAGGCUAGUAACGGGGGCCACACUAGCGACUACUCUUCUUCCCUCCCAUCCUCACCCAACGUUGGACACCGGGAGCUCCGAGCUGAGGCAGCCGCCGUGGCUGGGUUGAGUACCCCAGGGUCCCUGCAUCGAGCAGCCAAGCGGCGGACCAGCCUUUUUGCGAACCGUCGGGGUAGCGAUUCUGAGAAGCGUAGCCUAGACAGUCGGGGAGAGACAACGGGGAGCGGGCGAGCCAUCCCCAUCAAACAGAGCUUCCUGCUAAAGCGAAGUGGCAAUUCCUUGAACAAGGAAUGGAAGAAGAAAUAUGUGACCUUGUCCAGCAAUGGCUUUCUACUCUACCACCCCAGCAUCAACGACUACAUCCACAGUACACAUGGCAAAGAGAUGGACUUGUUACGAACAACGGUCAAAGUCCCAGGCAAGCGGCCCCCAAGGGCUAUCUCUGCUUUCGGCCCCUCAGCCAGCAUCAACGGGUUGGUCAAGGAUAUGAGCACUGUCCAGAUGGGUGAAGGCCCUGAAGCCUCUACUCCCAUGCCGAGCCCCAGCCCCAGCCCCAGUUCCCUGCAGCUUCCAACAGACCAGACAUCCAAGCACCUGUUGAAGCCAGACCGGAAUUUGGCCCGUGCCCUUAGUACCGACUGUACCCCAUCUGGAGACCUGAGUCCCCUGAGUCGGGAACCCCCACCUUCGCCCAUGGUGAAGAAGCAGAGGAGGAAGAAAUUGUCCACACCUUCUAAGACUGAAGGCUCGGCUGUGCAGGCUGAAGAGGAAAACUUUGAGUUCCUGAUCGUGUCCAGCACUGGUCAGACGUGGCACUUUGAGGCGGCCAGCUUCGAGGAGCGGGAUGCCUGGGUUCAGGCUAUUGAGAGUCAGAUCCUGGCCAGUCUGCAGUGCUGCGAGAGCAGCAAGGUCAAGCUGCGCACUGACAGCCAAAGCGAAGCUGUGGCCAUCCAGGCGAUCCGCAACGCAAAGGGAAACUCGACCUGCGUGGACUGUGGAGCCCCCAACCCCACGUGGGCCAGUUUGAAUCUGGGCGCACUCAUCUGUAUCGAGUGUUCUGGAAUCCACCGGAACCUGGGCACACACCUGUCCCGAGUGCGUUCACUGGACUUGGACGACUGGCCGCGGGAGCUGACCCUGGUGCUGACGGCCAUUGGCAAUGACACGGCCAACCGCGUGUGGGAGAGCGACACUCGGGGCCGUGCCAAGCCCACGCGGGACUCUUCGCGGGAGGAGCGUGAGUCGUGGAUUCGCGCCAAGUACGAGCAGCUGCUGUUCCUGGCGCCUCUGGGCACCACAGAGGAGCCUCUGGGCCGCCAGCUGUGGGCCGCUGUGGAGGCCCAGGACGUGGCCACCGUUCUGCUGCUUCUGGCCCACGCGCGACAUGGGCCACUCGACACCAGCGUGGAGGACCCGCAGCUCCGCUCGCCGCUGCACUUGGCAGCCGAGCUCGCCCACGUUGUCAUUACACAGCUGCUGUUGUGGUAUGGCGCAGACGUGGCGGCCCGCGAUGCGCAGGGCCGCACGGCACUGUUCUAUGCCCGCCAGGCUGGCAGCCAGCUGUGUGCAGACAUCCUCCUCCAGCACGGCUGCCCGGGAGAGGGCGGCAGCACAGCCACCACGCCCAGCGCGGCCACCACCCCCAGCAUUACCGCCACGCCCAGCCCGAGGCGACGGAGCAGCGCUGCCAGCUUGGGCCGCGUGGACACCACGAUCGCGCUGGUAUAGUUGCCCAGCAGCGGGAGAGACACCCCCCACCCCCGCGCGGGCCGGGCACGACUACACCGUUGGACAGAUGCACCCACUCACCUCUCCAGUCCGCACCCCGCCCCACGGGAGCACUUUUUACCCCCACGAGGGCACAGCCCCGCACGCCUCCCAGGAGACACAAACUCACCUCCCUCUCCCCAGCGAGGCAUGGAGACCCUAGCUCAUCACGCCCCCACUUCACAGCUUCCUUACUUGGAUUGCCCUGGGUCUACCUGCUGGGUGUUUGCACAUGGGCACUCCCUUGCAGCUGUUUGGGCUCCAAGGUGCUUGGACUUGCUGGCUCGUGCCCCUUAGGGGCGGGGGAAAAAGAUCCAGUCCUGCCUGCGUUCUACAAUCCGGGUGGCGGGAGCCGAAACCCAGGCUGGCUCCUGGGGCAACGCCACACCAUAGGGAGGGGUUAGUAAGUGGAAGACUAGCCCUGGGACUUGGGACCAAUUUGGGGACCCCACCCCUUCCAUG